UCACUGGGGACUCGCUCCGCCGAGUUCACUGCUGUCCUGUCUUCCUCAGCCGCUGGCCUCUUUUUCUGUUUUCUCUCCACUCGCCUCUCUCGCCCUUUUUUUUUUUUUUUUUCUUUUUUAUCUGCGACUCCCCCUGCGGAUUCCUUUAACCCGGCUCCCGGGGAAACCGCAGGAGCGGUGCUGUCGUGACUUCGCUGGCUUCCACUGCAAAGGAAAGGGAGAUCAGCAGGAAGAAGGGAAAUAGAGAGAGGAGCGGAGACGGACCGAUCGAUCGCUCCGAUACCGAGGAGAGCCUGAGCGGUGUUCUGCGUUAGCUGUUACAGUUUAACAGGAAACCUUCUUUGACUUGGAUUAGCGUCUUUCGCAGGAUCUGAGUUCACCGGUCUGCGCGACAGAGAGGGGAGAGCUUCUGACACAUCGCGGGUCGUUCCCUUUAUCGGUGCGCCCAGCAUUUGGGACUCUCUGGGAGAACCGGUUCUGAAAGAGAUGUUCACAGUUUACCAAAGAAUCCAUCUCUGCUCUGAGUGAUGAUGUUGGACACCAACCAUUGCCUGUCUUUUAAACCCUCCCCCCUGGACUCUCCCCCAAUGGCAGACGACAUGGAGAAGGCAUGCUUGAAGAUGGAUCAGGAGAGACUCGUCUAUCACAGCCUGAAAGAAGUCCUCCAGAUCAAACUUCAGCAGAGACGCACUCGAGAGGAGCUGGUCAGUCAAGGGAUCAUGCCGCCACUGAAGAGCCCUGCAGCCUUUCACGAACAGCGGAGGAGUCUGGAGCGAGCGAGGACCGAGGACUACCUGAAGAGGAAGAUCCGGAGUCGUCCGGAGCGCUCCGAGCUGGUCAGGAUGCAUAUUCUUGAGGAGACGUCGGCAGAGCCGUCCCUGCAGGCCAAGCAGCUGAAGCUGAAGCGAGCGCGGCUGGCCGACGACCUCAACGACAAGAUCUCUCACAGGCCGGGCCCCAUCGAGCUGGUCCACAAGAACAUCCUGUCUGUCACCUGCCCCCUGCAGUCCUCGCUGCUGGAUUCCCCAAAGGGAGCCGGAGGGGAGAGCUCCUCUUUAGAUGAAGACAGCAGCGAUGCUCUGUCGCCUGACCAGCUAACCAAUCACGACUCUCCCCUGAGCGCCGUCACGCAGCUGUCCCCGUCCGACGUGCUCACCCACAGCGGAGACAUGUCCCCCACACAGUUUCUCACACAGCCGCCUCCACCGCCGCCUCCUCCUCCCCCUCCCCCUCUGGUCAGUUUGCCGGACUCCUCUCCACUGCCAAAAAUAACCAACGGGUUGGCGCUGACCUCUCGCCCUUCUUCUGGACACCUCAAGUCCCAGACUAAGACGAGUUCAGACCGUCCCCUGAGACCUAAGAAACCAAAGGACAACAAACCCAAGGUGAAGAAGCUGAAGUACCACCAGUACAUCCCUCCGGACCAGAAGGCCGACAAGGAGCGGCCGCCGCAGAUGGAUUCGUCCUACGCCAAGCUGCUCCAGCAGCAGCAGCUCUUCCUGCAGCUGCAGAUCCUCAGCCAGCAGCAGCAGCACUACAACUACCACACCAUCCUGCCCGCCCCUCCCAAGCCACAAGCGGAUCAGCCUCCCAGCAGCAGCUCAGGCCCCUCCCCCUCCCGCAGCGCUCACACCACGACCACCGCGGCCCCCUCGGCUCAGAGCCCAGCAGCCCGUCAGAGCCAGGCUGCAGCGGCGGGAACCAAACCGGCCACUCUUCCAGCCAACCUGGAUGAAUUCAAAGUCGCCGAGCUGAAGCAAGAACUGAAAUUGCGCGGCUUGACUGUCUCCGGAACCAAGAACGAUCUCAUCGAGAGGCUGCGUAACUACCAAGAGCAGAACGGCAACAGCGCCGCGGUCCUAAAGAACGCCACCUUCCAGUCAGCCCAGCAGGCCUCCGCCUCAGCCGCCAACACCGCCGCCGCGUCUGCUUCCAACACGGCCUCCGACCACCAGCCGGCAGAGGGGGGCUGCUUUAAGCUGUCUUUGUCCUCGCUGGGCCAGGCGGUGCCGGGCCGGGUCAUGCGGUUCGGCAGCACCAGCUCCAGCCCCCCGGUGUCGCCCACCCCGUCAGAGCGGUCGUUGGCCGCGUUGAGUCCAGACGAGACGAGCUGCAACGGAGACUCGUUUGGAGAAAUGGUGAGCUCUCCUCUCACCCAGCUCACCCUGCACCCCUCUCCUCAGCACCCGUCAAACAUGGCUUCCCUCCCACAGCCUUUCGCCACAGUCAAAGAGGAACUUCAGAGCUCCUGCCUUCUGUCCAGGUCCUCGCCGCUGUCGCUGCCACCCAAAGAGUCCCUGCCGGCAGGAGCCAUGGACACGUCAUCCAAAGACAAAGACCAGAUGCUGCAGGAGAAGGACAAACAAAUUGAGGAGCUAACGAGGAUGCUGCGGCAGAAGCAGCGGUUGGUGGAGACCCUGAGGUCCCAGCUGGAGCACGGCAAGAUGGCGGGCGGCGUGGUGGUGAAGAAGGAAGGAAACGAGAGGAGCAGAACACCCUCAGAGGUCAAACUCCAAACUCUGAUCAAAGCUCCCUCCGUUCAGCCCCCGACGCUCGCUAACGGCGUGGCUCUGACCGUGAAGGAGGAGGCGGAGUCCGAGCAAGGGAUGGAGGGAGUGACGGAGGAGGCGCAGGCCAAGAAGCUGAGCCAGCCGAUGCAGUGCUCGCAGGAGACGCUGCUGAGGCUGCAGCAGAUUCAUCGGCUCCAGCUCCAGCAGGCGGAGCAGCAGAAACAGCAGCGAUGUCAGGCCAAGCUGCAGAAAGACUCGGAGGGGAAGGCCCACCCUCAGAAGCAACAGCAGCCGCAGAAAACGGAGGCUCAGCUGCUGCUCCAUCAGCAGCAGCAGCUGCAGCAGCUCAUCAUCCAGCAGACCCAGCAGAAGCAGCUCCAGGACCAGCAGAGGCUGGCGCAGCAGAACCACCUCAAGCAAUCCCAGGAGGAGGGACGGACUCCGCAGAAGAGCCAGGCUCAGCCGAAGCAGGUCCAGGUGCAGAUUCAGAACCAGACGCCGACCGGUCCGAAGGCCACAGUGAGCCAGAGCCAGCUGAGGAGGCAGCAGAGGGCUCAGCAGAGGCUGCAGCAGAGACAGCAGACGGCAGCAGCCACCACACAACAGGUGACUCCAGUCGUCAUCAACCAACAAAACGGCACUCCACUCCACAGCCAAGCCAUUGCAUUAGACCUGAAGACCAACGGCAUGCCAACGCUGGUCACCGACAGCAACGGAAACCACUACCUGAUCGCUCUGACCAGUAACGCCAGAGACCGACAGAACGGCGUGUCCUCAUUGGCUAAAAUCAACGGGCGCAUCACUCUCCAGAGACUACAGUCCAGCCCGAGUAAACUCCCCAGCUCCGACAGCCAAUCAAAAGAGCAGCCAGUAGCCGAGCCUGUGAGCAAACCGGACAAAAAGGGACAGAAGGCAGGCUUGCACUUAGACACCAACGGGACCCCCCCACCCAGCCUGCCCCACACGGCCCCUCCCAGCCUGCAGCCGUUCUUCGACGACAUGUCAGACACUGAAAGCCAAAGCAACCUGAUGUCCUCCCUGAAGAGAGAGGAGGUGUGUCCGCCUUACGACCGGCACACACUGUUCACCCCUCCCUCCCCUAAACCCAACGCCUCCCUUCCUCCUCAGCGCUCUAAAGACAACGGUGUGAACAGCCAGCAGAUGGACGAUCUGUUUGACAUCCUGCUCAAGAGUGGAGAAAUUCCAGGCUUCAAGGCCAACCCGGACCCUUCCCUCGCCCCCCUCCACUCUGACCCUCCCUCCCCGUCCGUUCCCGCUUCCCCACUCCACCUGUCUCCACCCACCCCCACGGAGCCCCUGUCCUCCCAGCUGCACGCAGGAGAGCCCUGCACCGGCAGCGGGCGCCUGGAGGACUUCCUGGAGAGCACCACGGGGGCCCCGCUGCUGGGCAUGGAGCCCGGCGGCGGCCUGACGCUGAUCGACGACCUGCACAGCCAGAUGCUAAGCACGCCAAGCAUCCUGGACCACCCCCCAUCCCCCAUGGACACGUCCGACCUGGGCUUCUCCCCUCACUCUACGGGGCUGGACUUUGGCGACCCCACCCUGGACAGCAUGGACUGGCUGGAUAUCUCCAUGGGGACCGGAGGUGGAGGGAACGUGGAAAACGGGGGAGGGAGGGGAGGCGGCGCGGCGUGCGAGAGGGACGGGGGCACGAGCCUAACCCCGCUGGCGCCCCACACGCCGCCGAGCGUGUUCUCGGCCGACUUUCUGGACAGCACAGACCUGCAGCUGCACUGGGAGUCGUGCCUGUAGCCGCUGGCACACAGACGGACACGUUGUCGCUCACACUGUGUACAGGCUCCGUCUUUAUCUCAUGCACACGUUUCUAUAUGCUGUCUCCACCACUGCAGGGGUUACUGGCACAUGCAAACACACACACACACACACACGCGCGCACGGUUUAUCGCUGGCUGUUACCGAAUGCGACCUGAGGUGAAAUAUGCAACAAACGUGGAAGUGAAAUUCACAGAAAGGACCUAGAUUUGAUGCAAGUGAGGGGAACCUUUUUUUUAAUUAUAGUUCCGUGGGAAUUAAAGCAGCUGACUGGUUCCAGCCAGGUUAAAAACAAAAAUCCCAUUUCCUGUGUCCGGACCUUGAUUGUAACCCGGUUCCUGUGAACCUGUCGGAAGCACGACAGAUCAGAAACGAAGACGAGCCGUCAGGAACGUUUACGCUGCCUCUAAAGGCUGCAGAGUGUGUCAGUGCCUCCUUAAACUUUGCACUUAUGCUGAAUCUGAUUGGUUUAAAGGGGAAGUUCGGGUCAGCAGCUGAAUCUUAGCACCGGAGGGCCAGUCCGAGCGGACGCCACCAGCGUGUUUUGAUCAGCUGAUGGUAUAUAAAGCAACGGCAGCUGUUGCUGGCCUCGUCUCCCCAACAUGGCAACCUGAUCCCCGCCCACACUAGUCAAAGAAACAAUCGUCACUGGUUGUCAGUUGCUGUUGAAUCGAACCAUAUCAGUGGCAACCAUUUGAACUGAAGCCUCAGUGGAGGCUGUGUAUUAUUGGUAACAUUAUGGUAGACCACUAUGUAUUGCUGUAUAUGGGGUGUAUAUUAUAUCAAUUGUUCAUAAAACUAUUUUUCUUUGCUGGUUGCUUUAGAGUCGAGUGAGCCGGCUGGGGAACAUAAGGAGAGGGCGGGGCUUCUAAAACACUCGGUCCUUGUCAUUUUAUAAAGAGAAAAAAAACAAUAUAAAAAAAAAUAAACUUAAAAUAAAAACACAAAA